AUCAACUUUAGUGUGUUUUUCUCUGAAAGCAAUAAUAAAAGUACCGUUGGACGACAAAGGAAAGCUUAAACUCAUUUUGCUUUUCCUCUUCACUUGCUCAACUUGCUUUCUGUGCCCAUAAUGAUGGACCCACCGCCAAGUUACAGCCAUCAAGAAAAAAUGCACGGUGGAGGGCCUCCCUAUCCUCCGGCAGGAGCACCCAUUGGGUUUGUUCAACAGCCCCUGUACCCUGCUCCUCCAGCACCCUCUCAGGGACCGACCGUUGUUGUGGGCUCCAAUCCCGUUGCAGGAGGACAACCAGCAACUGUGGUGACGACCGUAAUCCAUUUGCCCUUACCACCAAAGUCGAGCAGAUAUUCUUGCCCAUCAUGUAAGGCUGAUAUAAAAACGAGGGUUGACCACAAAAGUGGAACUAAGACGCAUAUAAUUGCCCUUCUUCUGUGCCUUUUUGGUUUAUGGUGCUGCGCCCCUAUUCCAUAUUGCACUGAAAGUUGCAAGGAUGCUUAUCACUACUGCCCGGAGUGUGGCACGUACCUUGGGACGUCUGCAAGAAACUAAUUUCAGUAAUUUUUAACUUAUAUAAUAUAAUGGCAAUAACUACACAAAAAUUGUUAUUGUCUUAAUGUAAAUUAAUCAGCAUUAUUUUAGAAACAUCAAUUUAUUGAAAAUAAUUACUAUUAUAUUAUUGAAAUUUUAUAAUUUUAAUCAAUUAUCAAGUAAUAACCGAUUAUGUGAAAUAAAAAUUACCUUUUAUCUUUUGAUAAAUUGGCACCAUUAAUUGAUUAUAAGGAUUUUUGAGGAGAGGCGCUGUGCGAUUUGACCUCAUUGCAUUUUAUGAUUAUAAGCACAAUCUAUCUAAUACAGACAGAGCUGCACCAAUCUUAAUACUAGCUUAUGUUCCAGUGGUCAGUGGUGGCCUUACCAAAUAGAAUAUGGAGAAUUUUUCUCCCGGCAUCCGGGACGUUUGUUUUUGAGAUUUUCUUUAUAAUCUAAAUUCUAAAUUACACAAUGUGAAUAAAUUCAAAUGUCUGAAAAAAGCACAGUUUUAAAACUUAAUUGGUUUAUUACUUAAAUGCCAUAAUUGUUUUUGAAAUUUUUGACUGUCAUCCCAUCAUUACAGUUUUCUUAAAAAAUAUAUUCAUUGAAAGAGA